UAAUGCCGCUGUGGUUGCCGGUUGAUAUUAAAAAACGAGAAGAAGAAAAACGCCCAUUUUGCUCUCACAGGCAUCGAAUUGUGCUGAAACAUUAUAGAAGAGGACAAAGAGUUGCAAUGGACAGCGAUGUUGCAGUCGGUGUAAAGAGAGGCUCAGAGGAGCUCAACAUGUACAGCAGCAGCCCGACCGCUUUGACCGCGAACGGCAGCGACAGCAAGAAGCAGCGGCUGGAAGAGUCCCCUCCUUCCAGAGUUCUCCACAUCCGGAAACUUCCCAACGAAGUGUCUGAGACUGAGGUCAUUGCCUUGGGGCUGCCCUUUGGAAAGGUCACCAAUAUACUGAUGCUCAAGGGGAAAAACCAGGCGUUCCUGGAGUUGGGCACAGAGGAAGCAGCCAUUACUAUGGUGAACUACUACACCGCCGUCACGCCCCAGGUCAGAAACACUCCCGUCUUCAUCCAGUACUCCAACCACAAGGAGCUGAAAACCGACUCGGCUCUGAACCAGAGGGCUCAGGCAGUGUUGCAGGCGGUGUCAGCCGUCCAGGAUGGCAGCUCUCCAUCCUCUGACCCCGGAGUGUUGGACCUAGCUCCGCCCCCGAGCCCUGUCCUGCGCAUUAUCAUCGACAACAUGUUUUACCCCGUGACACUGGACGUUCUACAACAGAUCUUCAGUAAGUUCGGGACUGUAAUGAAGAUUAUAACCUUCACCAAGAACAACCAGUUUCAGGCUCUUCUGCAGUUCAGCGACCCCGUCAACGCACAGCAAGCUAAACUGUCUUUGGACGGACAGAACAUCUAUAAUUCAUGCUGUACUCUGCGGAUAGACUUCAGCAAACUGGUCAACCUUAACGUCAAAUACAACAACGACAAAAGUCGAGAUUACACCAGACCAGACCUCCCUACUGGAGACGGCGAGUCGGCCAACAAGGAUCAUUCUCUAUUGGGUACCCCGUCCGGAGCGCUAGCGUCCUACUCUAGUGGAGGAGGGUACUCCUCCUCUCUCUCCCUCUCGCAGGGUGGAGGAGCCAUCAGUCCUCUGAGCGCCGCUGCAGCAGCGGCAGCCGCCGCCGGGCGCGUUGCUCUCUCUGGGUCCGGAGUGUCAGGAGUCCUGUUGGCAUCCAACCUGAAUGAAGAGAUGGUCACGCCUCAAAGUCUCUUUACCCUCUUCGGAGUCUAUGGGGAUGUCCAGAGGGUGAAGAUCCUCUACAACAAGAAGGACAGUGCUCUCAUACAGUUGUCUGAUGGCAACCAGGCUCAGCUGGCAAUGAGCCACCUGAACGGUCAGAAGGUGUUUGGUAAAGUGAUGCGAGUGACUCUGUCUAAGCAUCAAACUGUGGCUUUGCCCAGAGAAGGACUGGACGACCAGCUGCUCACUAAAGAUUUUUCUGGCUCGCCACUCCAUCGCUUUAAGAAGCCGGGGUCCAAAAACUUCCAGAACAUCUUUCCUCCCUCUGCAACUCUUCACCUCUCCAACGUCCGGGACGCCGUCGGAGAAGAGGAUCUACGUCUUCUGUUCUCCAACAGUGGGGGAACCGUCAAGGCCUUCAAGUUCUUCCAGGACCGUAAGAUGGCCCUGAUCCAGAUGACCUCGGUGGAGGAGGCCAUCCAGACUCUGAUGGAGCUUCACAACUACGACAUGGGGGGGAAUCACCACCUGAAAGUCUCCUUUUCAAAGUCCACCAUCUGACCUGUAGACCUUAAGAUCCAUGACGAGGGAGGAAGUCACUGCCACGAUGCGUCUCUUUUCCCGUCCCUUUGAUUUAGCAGUACGAUACUUUCAUCAGUGAAAUGUGCUUUAAUGUCCAAAGCUUAUUAUAUCAGUUCAAAUAUUGACAGAAAAGCCCAACUCCACACAGCAAAUACUAGUAGAAGCGGGCUUCAUCAGACUCAAAGAGCAGCUCAACUCCCACUGCUGCCCUGGCUGUGAUGGAGCAGUGCUCGUGACAUCACUGCUUGGUGGCUGCGGCUGAAGGUGUACACUGUUGACCAAAGCCUGCUGUUGCUUUUUUAAAGCGUUUUUUUAAUUAAAAUGAGCUUCUCCUUUUUGCACGGCCCUAUCCGCAUGUCGGCGUGGAAGGGAUCUCCUUUCCUGGAAUUUGCUGUUGAGGUUUGGCUUCCUGUAAUUAGUGAACUGUCUUUUCUCUCCACAUUGUGUCACCACUUGAACCACCGGCCAAGUCAAAUGCUGUUUUUAUCCCCAAACUGCCAUUCAGUCUGUGGUGGUGACUCCCGCCAUGGCGGACUCCGUCACGGCAGGUCGUCUAGCGUGUGCCGACUCUCCUCCAUCGGCUGCAGCCUUCUGAAGCGUGCACGUGGUUCAUCUGGGCACGUUGGUGCGUCCUAAUUGAAGCAGCACGCAGGAGGAAGUAGACGGCGUUGUGACUGAAGGUUAGCGUUGAUGUAAUUAUGACCAGUUCUACAUUACCAGCAUCCACUUUUAUACUUUGGGGGCAUGUUGGCGCCCCGUCACUAACAUAGCUGGCAGAGUUUAUCAGGGUGAUUUUAGAAUGUAGUCGAAAUAGCAGAGUGAGUAUGUUUGGAAGACUUCGGUGCCCAGAAGUCCUGAAGGGAAAAUAAAAGGAGCUACUUGUCGUCUACUUUUCAAUCGCCUGUUUUUUCUCAACUGGCCCACGUUUCUGAUGUUUCUCUUUUCAGCUGUUGAUACACGAUGGGAUUAAAAGCUGCAACGUACCACUUCGGUGAGGAUGUUUAAUUCCCCCCCAUUUACCUUUCCACUAGUGCUGACGUUAACCCGUUACUGAUGAGCAUUAAUAGUGGGGAUUCAAUGCUUUCAGCAAAUGAUAGAGGUUUAAAUCCCAUCCUUUAUACACCAAGAUGUUAGUGGGUGCGCACACACACACACACACAGCGGGCUCAUGUCUGUCUGGACAACGUUUCAUGUGAUUCUGGUUUUGGGAGGCGGCCUGGUGGGACUAAAGUACAUUUAGUCUGCGGUCUUCUUUUACCAAAGUCUGUUGUAAAGCUGUAAGAACAGAUUAUUUUGGUAAUUGUUUUAGAUGGAAGUGGAGCUCAUCUUUAUAGGAAAGUUGUUUUCUGCUAAAAUGCAUUUUCUUUUGUGGCAAAAUGUCACAUUGUCCCAAAAGUAUACUCUUUUUGAGCCUGUGUGUGUGUGUGUGUGUGUCUGUGUGUCUGUGUGUGUGUGUGUGCGUGUGUGUGUGUGUGUGUGUGUGUGUGUGUGUGUGUGUGUGUGUGUGUGUGUGCGCGUGUGCGCGUCAAUAAAACAUCUCUCGCUGUUCCGUCGCUCUGCUCUCACUUCUUCUCUCCGCUCUCCCCUCUUGGCUGCUGGUCUCUGAAAGCAAGCGGCUGGUUCACAAACGCGUCUUUCCGCUGAUCCUCUCUGAGGUCGGCUUGCUCGUCGUCCGAGAGUUUUGUUUUGAAAACACUUAAAAUAAUGCUUCUAUUCGUGGACCGAUUCCCUUUCCACGGUGAAAGCCUUCUGCCUCUUCCAGUGUCUCCAUAGAUGUGCAGCAGUGCAUGUGUGAUACAGUAAUAGGAAAACUGUACGCCGUGUUUUGAAUGUACAGACUGAUGUGCAUUCUGCAGCAGCUGCCUUGCUGCGCCUCGGAUUGGCUCGGUGGAAGGUUGGCAGAGAUUUGUAGAAUGUCCUCAUUUACAGAUUAAAAAGAUCCUUUUGAGAUUUUGA